AUGGCUUUGCCCAAGAGUUCCAUGAUAUUUUUCUUGGUGAUGGCUAUGUUCGGUGUUUGCUAUGGUGCCGUUUACAAGGUAGGUGACUCUGAGGGAUGGAGAUACAAAGGUUUCGACUACCAGGCUUGGAGACUUAAUAAGCACUUCACCGUUGGAGAUUCUCUCUUGUUUGUGUACAAAGGAAAGGACAGUGUUGUGCAAGUCGAUCGCAAACAUUAUGAAUAUUGCAACACGACGGAUCCGAUUAAAGAAACCAAUUCCGGCAACGAUACUAUUGUCCUAGACAAGCCUGGUCACUACUUCUUCAUCACCGGUUACAAACGACACUGUGACAAGGGACAGAGGCUCGACAUCAGAGUGGAACUCCCAACAAGUCCAAGCCCAGCCCCAAGCCCUAGCCACAAGAGCGAUGCUCCAUCUAUUCAAUCUUCAGCUGCGAUAUCUGCUCUACUGAUGGCUAUGGUGGUGAUGAUCAUCCUUUCCUCUAUAACUGCCUAA